GAAACAGCAAAGACUUGCAUUUUCAUAGGUGAGUUGACUGAAAUAAAAAGGAAACUUUCAAGUGAUUGUGCAAAGUUCCAGUAAAGGGGAAAUAAAUCGCUAGCUCACAAGAAAUCAAUUGAAAAAGCUGUUCGUCACUGUAACCAUCACAGCAUGUAGAAGUAUAUAAUCCCGCAAUUUUAGAGAAGUAGUCAAACUUGGAUGAACUGCUGUUGUUGGGGACAUCGAAUCACUAAGACUGAGACUAAAACAUUUUUACGUUUUACAGUUUUCCACAUUUCCUUAUGUUUUGGGGAAAAAGAUCUUCUCUAUUAAGUGGGGAAAGAAAAUAAAUAUUUUUUUAAAAAACAAAAAAAGAAAAGGAGGAAUGCAGCCUGAAAUGGUUGUUUGGACAGCUAACUUUGGGAAAAAAUAAUUCUACCUGAAAAUGUUCUGGGUACGUCUUAUGAUUUUUGCUUGAGACCAGCGAUAUUCUUCAGCUUUUAGGAGACUAUAGUGGCUGCACCUGCUCUUGAUUGCACUCCCUAUUCACGCUACCAACAGCUACUAGACAGCAAGCACAUCAUGGUGUUUAACUGUACAGAUAACACUUCCAUGCUGAAGAAGUACUUCCUGUCAACAUGUUAUGGCAUAGAGUUCGCCAUUGGUUUCCCUGGCAACCUAUUUGUUGUAUUUGGUUACAUAUUUUGUCUGCCACAGUGGCAAAGUUGCAAUAUUUACCUCUUCAGCCUGGCAGUUUCUGAUCUUAUUUUCCUCUGUACACUGCCACGUCUCGCCUACCUCUACGCAAAUGACCAAGAAGAGACCAAUCAUUAUGCUUGCAUUGUCAACCGCUAUAUCCUGCAUGUCAACCUUUACUCUUCCAUCCUCUUCAUGGUUUGGCUUAGCAUGGAUCGCUUUCUGCUCAUAAGACAUCCAACACGAAACCACUACCUGCUGAGGCAACGAACAGCCCUGACCAUAACAAUUCUGAGCUGGCUAGCUGUCAACGUGGAAGUUUGUCCAAUGAUAGCACUGAUGGCCCAGGAUCUGCAAAGUCAGAACCAGACACGCUGUGAGGAUUUUGCUAGUCUAAGAGGAGACAUCAAUACAUUAGGCUACAGCCUGGGCCUAACUGUGACUGGUUACAUCCUCCCUCUGCUUGCACUUUGUGGGUUCUCCCACCAAAUUGCACAUCUGCUCUGUGUCCAGGAAAGGUCUCUACAACGCAGAACUCCUUCAUUCAAACGACCUCUCAGAGUUGUUGCGUCAGCGGCAGUCAUGUUUCUGGUUUUCUACACUCCCUACCAUGUGCUGAGAAACAUCAGAAUAGCAUCUUGGCAGGUCUGGUCAGACCUGCACUCAUGUACAUCAAUGUACAUAGAGGGCAUAUACAUCUUGACCCGACCACUAGCCUUCUUCCACAGUGUCAUCAACCCAGUCUUCUAUUUCUUCAUGGGUGACAAGUUCAGAGAACUCCUAUUUGCUAAGCUCAGCAAGCUGGCCAGAAAGACAGAACGGCAAAGAGAACCAGCCUGACAUAAUUCAAUACACGAUCCCUGCAUCCCACAAAAGGAAAUAAAUUGUCUGAUAUUUUCAUUGAUGUAAGGGUCACCCAUUAGAAUGCUGUUGAACUGUCAAUUAAUGAUGUGGCCAGGUUGCUGUAGUGCCCAUAUGCAUACAAAUUACAUGAUUGUAAGUGAUAAAAACAUGUCAGUGAGUGAAAGUGAUGCAAAGUUACAUUUCAUGCUCACAAAGUAAAAUAAUGUAAAAUAAAUUUUACUGCAGAAUUAAUGGUUAUUUCCAUUUAUUUUCACUGUAAUGAUACUUAUGUACAGAUCGUUGUUGAAGUGACAGAAUGCCCUAUGCAACUAAAGAAGAAUGUUGUUUAUUUCAUAGUUAUGACUAUUUUUGGCUGUAAAUACCAGAGCAGUGGCUUUUGACGUUUAUAUCCAGACUACCGGAACCUCUGUUUUUUGUGUCAGACUACAAUCUCCUAAAUAAAUGUACCCAGCAUGGCUGGAAAUUUUGUUUUAUUCAUUCAGAUCCAUUUUGCUUGGUUGCUGUUCAAACAUGAUCAGCUGUUGUUACAGUAAAAGCCCUGUUAGAGAUAGGAUAUGAUAACCUCUUAUUAGGCCCGCAGUGGAGUUUGCAUUAAGAUCAUAAAGUUUAACAGGGCACAUGGGAGAGGAACAAAAUGGGUCUUUGUUUGAUGACCAGUUGUUAGGUGCUUGCCAAGCAGAAGUUUCAUAUAAAAAAUAAUAAUAAUGAAGACUGCCUCAUAUAAAGACUGGGUUCCUGCGGUUAAUGUAAAUAAAGGCCUGGGUCACUAUUUAAGGAAAUGCAGGUUGUAGUUCAUUUACAUGUAACUGACUGAUCUCCAGUGCAAGUGCAAUUAUACUCAACCCUGCUGACCGAUGCUUUGGCUUCUGAAUUUUCCCUGUAACUGAUUUUCUAAGUAUUUCUGAGAACCUUUGUUCCCUUUCUCUUCGUCAGCACUCUACAUGUAUAUCUUUCCUCUCUGCAUUUCUUGAAAGGGGAUAUUGUACUAAAAAGGAGUAUUUGCUAUCAUUUACACAUACUAAAAGAGAUUUCUGUGAUCUUUCUGAAAAUCAGUCAAGGGAAACAGUUUCAUGUUUUGAUAUUCUCUGUUGUUUUAGUUUUUCAUGGAUUCAAGCGUUCCCAACUUGCUGAGUUAUGUAGCACCUUACAGUGUGACCUUUUCAACCAAGUCAUCAGUAGGAUGAAGGUUUUGGAUUUGGCUGUUGUCUAAGUAUGUACUGGCACUGUAGCAUACAGAUCAUUACUUUGCAAAGUAUGCACGUGUUGUGUCAGCCUAGAAACAUUUACUUUGAGUUCGUAAUAAAACACAAACUUAUCUCCAAAGCAGCAAUUUCCUCUUUUUUUUACUUAAGUUUGAAACACUGACACUACAA